GAACCAUUUAGCAUAUUGUGGAAAAUAUGAGCAAACCAAGGGUGGAAAGAAUAUGACAAGAUGCUCAGUCUUGUGAAAGAGAAACUUUCAAGAUGACAAGAUCCAUAUGGAAGAGUCCCCUUUUCAAGCAUGGGCUACCCUUCAUGAUUCUGGUCCUGGGAGGUUCCUUCUAUCUCCGUGAAUUCACCGAUCUCAGGUAUCGUUUCCGAAAGCAGCAACAAAUUCACCCAGAGGAGAUGGAGAAACUAGGCAUAACGAUGAAAAAGUAUGGUGAGGUGUCUCUGGAGUCUGAAUAUGAGAAAAUGAAAAAGAAAGUGGACGUGGAGCACUGGGAGAACAAGCGAGGACCUCGGCCUUGGGAGGAGAACCCUCAAAGCCAGAAGUGAUAAUUCGCUCUUUUUUUUAUGUUUGUAUCUUAUUAGUCACAAUCAGGAAGUGAAAUGAAGCUGCUCUGAAUAUGUUAUA